AUGUCCCUGUGUGUACGAGUGGCCCCGUAUUUCAAAAAGCAACGCCAUUUUGUUUCUAUCACAGUGAAGUCUCGCUUCAGCGCCACUCUCAUUAAGGUGGUGUUAAAGCGUGAUGCCACACAGUGUGACACAUCCUUUGCUCUCACACCAUCUGUCAAACACCCGGUUCUUCUGCUUCAGUUUAAUGGAAGAAUAUAUUUCUCUGGAUGUUUGAAGAUAUGCGUGUUCGGACUCGAACCCUCACUUUUGCAGGUAAGCAGUGGUGACAGUCCAAGCAGUAGUGACAUUUCAAGCAUUGGCGACAGUCCAAGCAGUAGUGACAUUUCAAGCAGCAGAUACAUUUCAAGCAGUUAUAACAGUCUGAGCAGUAGUGACAGUUCGAGCAGUAGUGACAUUUCAAGCAGUUGUGACAGUUCAAGCAGUAGUGACAGUCCUAGCAGUAGUGACAGUUCGAGUAGUAGUGACAGUUCAAGCAGUAGUGAUACUUUAAGCAGUAGUGACAGUUCGAGCAGUGGUGACAGUUCAAGCAGUAGUGACAGUCUGAGCAGUAAUGACAUUUCAAGAAGUAGUGACAGUCUGAACAGUAGUGACAGUCUGAGCACCAGUGACAGUAUUGACAGUUCAAGCAGUAGUGAAAGUUCAAGCAGAGGUGACAGUCCGAGCAGUAGUGACAAUUCAAGCAGUAGUGAUAGUCCGAGUAGUAGUGACAUUUCAAGAAGUAGUGACAAUCUGAGCAGUAUGACAGUUGAGCAGUAG